GCUGAGAGGAAGGAAGCAGCAGCAGUCACAAACAGGCAGCUGGACCGGGUGGAAAUCACAAAGCAUAAAGCUGGUCUCGGGGGAAGAGCAGCGACAUGUGCAGAGAAAUGGAGGAGCAAGUGCUGUGCAGGUCACUCUGGGGCCUGAGAGCCAAGGAGAAAGGGGAAGGGGAACUAAAAUCACGUGCACGGGCUCUGGCGGUCACCUUGUGUCUUCUAGGAGAUAAUUAACAGCCUAGCCCUGGGGGGCUCUAGUACCACAUGAGAGCCAGGGUUUACCUGCAGCACGGAGGGGGGUGAAGUGAAAGGCAGACUUUUGUGGCAGUAAAUGGGGCAGGGUGGGAACAGAUUAACCGUGCCGGCCAAAGCAAGCUGUGGACGCCUUGCAGCGUGUUUGAAGGUGAGCGUCAGCACAUCGGACCGUGGGAAUGUCGAGCCGCGGUGGGUAUUCAGACCAUCUGAUACUGACCCUCCUGCAUCUUUUCUCUUUGUCUGAAGUGCGUUAUGAGGUCUGAAUUGACAUCCUGCCAAGGUGGCCUCCCCCACAGGCUCAGCUUUCCCAAAGCCUCUGAAGACCAGCCAAAGGAAAAAUGCAUUUUGUGCAGAGAAGAAGUGGUCUAUAAUGCUCUUUUGUUCGGCGCUCUGUGAGAGUGGCUCUUCCCUCGGCACGGGCAAGGCCGUUCAAACCAGGAUGUGCAAAUGGGAGGAUUGAGCUGGAAAAAUGGACUUUUGGCUGGAACCCAGCAAGGGGUUGGGAGAAGCCUGUAGAGAAGGAGAAAUGACAGGGGGAUUUGUGGCAUGUGUGGGUAGAAAGAAGGUUGCUAUUGGCACUUGGGCUACAUCUCUUUUAGGUUGUCAGAGCCUUUCACAAAGGAGCCUGUGUGCUUUUCAGCAGUCGCUUACUGGGGAAGGAGUUCAGGCAUAUAAACUCUGUGUAGAAGAGGAUAGAGGGAAUCAACCUAGCUGCUUCCUCUGGCUCAGCCCUGCAACCUGCCUAGUAGUUCGGAGGACUUCCCUGUACUUCUUUAACUAGGAUUAGGGUAAAUCUGGGCAGCAAAAUGCAUGUAUCCCUGCUGCUUUGUGGAGGUUGGCAGCAUGCCAUCAGAGAGCAAUGCUGAGCUGGGGUCUGCAGGAGUGUAGCCAUAGCUAGCUUGGCUGCUCUCCAGCAGUGUCAGCGUUUGCAAGAAACUUGUUUGCGGAAACCGUGUGAUCCACAAUUCCUUCUUUCUGGUCGUGGCAGGAGAGACUGAUAUAGCUGGGCUUGGUUCCCCUAAAUAUUUGGACUAAGCUUUUUCUUUCCAGCCUGUAGAAGAAAACUGAUUGUAUAGUCUCUCUGUGCGUCUGCGCACAUGCUUCUUGACAUGACAACAAAAUCCAAGAAGUGCAGUUUUGAAGCAAGCUUCAGGAGCUGCUGCUUGUCCCCUCAUUCUCCUUGGUGGAGGAGGUGGCUGUCUGGAUGGUGUGGUCCCGAUUUUGUGAGUGUUUUCUUGCACUCAUGAGUCCUCCACCUUUGGUCUGUGCCAUUGUUUGCAUUUAUAAGAUGCCUCUGGCCACACGGGGUGACCUGCAUUUAAAGUCUCGUGGUGGUGGUGUAGAUAUGGAAAAGCCUUUUGUUUGCAGAAAGGACACAGUGUACACAAGGUAAGGGGGGAUUGAAUGCGUGGUCCUUGGAGUAUGGGUUGUACCAGGCAACCUAGUAGGGCGUUCUCAUGGCUUUCGGGAUUGAGCAUCCAGGGUGAGUCCAAAAGUCCCUCUCCAGUUUUUAGGAUGUGCUGCAGUAGUGCCAACGAUACUGGUCUGCCUGGAUUUGGGAAAGUGCUGGAAACUGUUAUCCAGAAAUGUUCAUAAUAUUCUGUACACUUUUUUUUUUUUUGCAGGCCCAAAAUGUUCAACUUAGCAAGGAAGUGACCCUUGCCAGCAACCGUAGUCUAGCAGAAGACAACCUUUUGUACCAGCCGAAAUUGGAAACACUGAAAGCCAGCGUGAUCCAGAAAUAUCAGGAGCUGCAGGUCCUUUUUGAAGCUUAUCAGAUAAAGAAAACCAAGCUAGACAGCCAGUCCAGCAAUGCUUCCCUGGAGACACUGUUAGCACUGCUUCAGACAGAGGGUGCCAAGAUUGAAGAGGACACAGAGAACAUGGCAGAGAAGUUCCUGGAUGGCGAAGUGGCUCUGGAUUCCUUCAUUGAUGAGUACCAGAGCAAGCGCAAGCUGGCUCACCUGCGCCGGGUGAAGAUCGAGAAGCUCCAGGACAUGGUGCUGAAGGGACAGAGAUUGCCGCAGGCGCAGCUGCCUUUGCAGCCAAGAAUGCCCGAGACCGCACCAGUGCCAGCCGCCUCCUACCCUUUGGAUGUGAGCACGCCUCCCGUGGUUGUGCCCCGGCGAAUACCGCCUCCACCACCUCCAGCAGUGCCUGCAGGACGCUUUCCCACUCCGUUUACUGCAGCCAUGGCCUCGGGACCAGCCAUGCCUUACCCGGGGGCUCCCUACCCUCCACUCCCCCCACGAUCAGGAUCAGGAAUGCAGCUGGCAAGUCAGGUACCACAGCCGGGACCCCCAUCCCAGUUUGCCCUGCAGCACCCUCCGGCGCUGCCGCAGAGACCGCCGCCUCGCCUUCCGCCGCACCCGGGCUUCAUCCUGCAGUGAUCCACUCGGGGUGCUAGACUCGGGCAUCGGUGCUCACGUUUCUCCUGUUUCUCCCCUGCCUGCGGUGUACUGUGGCCAGAGGGAAACCUCUGUGCUGCGUGUGGCGAAUGGCAAACUCCAAGCUGUCUGGCGGGGGUGUGGAAUUGCGUUCGGUCAACGUGAUUGUGGUUUUUUUCUGUUUUUUUUUGUAUAAUCAAGGACUGCACAGACUAUAUAUAUUUUUUCUUUUCCUGGGGUAGGGAUGUUGGAGUGGAGUUUUGUCAGUCUGGCAAGCUGUGGAUUCACUUGCGUUAUAAUUCUUAGGUUCAGUGUUAGUGGCCAUGGCCCACUCAAACCAAGAGGCACAUCCGUCUUGAUGUGGUUCUGCUGCAGCUGGAUUUGAGCACAGUCCAGCUGCUAGCAUCUCAAAGUCUAUGGCUGCUGGUAUUUGGGUAGCAAUGGUUGGAUCUCACAUCCGAAAGCUAUGCAUAAAGCUGCUGCAGCGGAAACAACUGGCCUCGGUGGGAGUAAACCCAGCCUCCCCAUCGGGUACAUUCACUAACUUAACAUCCACAGUCUGGUCGUUGAAAACGGCUCCCGAAUGGAAAAGGCUGCAGAUUCAUUUGAAGAGCAUCGGGAGUGGAACUUCUGGCUGUUCUGUUCUGAGGAAGAUGUAGGUAGUGCCAGUGUAGAUAUCAGUGGAAAUGGCAUGAGCCCUUGCGUGCAUUUCUCCAUUUACCUCCCCCCAUUUUUCUUCCUUAGUUAGGAGGACGUCUGCCUUACUGAAUCUGCCUUUGGGAGGUAGAGGAGAGGGGUGGUUGGGAAUGUUCAUUCACUGACAGACCAGGGAAUGGGAUCCCAGGACCUGGAGUCCUAGGCACUUUGUUUUCAUACCUUACUGCUAAAUGGUGCUGUUCACCUUUGCAAAGCUCUUUAAAUCUGUAUGCAGCCUCUGCUUCGUUGCUCGAGUGGAGGUAUGAUCUUCUCAUGGCCAUCUUCUCUUGCCCAGCAGCAUUGGUGUGGAGUCCAGCCUGGAUGGAAGAGACAGUUCCUUGUCUUUACUGGUGGUCCUGUUUGACCAUCAGCAGGGCAAGCCUUGCAGUCUGGCAGCUGGGGGUUUUCAUUUUGUGCUAUGUCCUCCUCCAUCUGUGCCAAAGAGUGGGAGCACCUUCUUCUUUAACAGAGAGCAGUCUGUCACGUCAUGGUGAGUGCUGUGGGCACGAGGGAUUGCCUGAAGGCAGUGACAGGUGGGCAUGUCAUGGAACAUCCACAGAUGUUACCAACCUCUUGUGUCACUUUCUCAUCCAUGCAGCUAAUGAGGUCAGUGGCCUAAGAAGUGUGCUCCAAAACCAGCUCCAGCUCUUGCAUGGAGAGCACAUGUGAGAGGCUCUGAGGGUGUAGACCGUCCAUACGUAGUAAUCUGGGGUUUUUCCCUGACAUGAACCCUGUAACUCAGCAUUAGCUCUUCCUCCUGGAGUCAGGUAGUGAUUUUGUAGCAGUGAAUGUUGUAAUUGGAAAUCCUCUCCUCUGAAAAGGGCGAUUCUGCUGUCGCUCUCCAAUGAAGAUUGGAGGUGGCCCAGCAGUCAGCAUGACUGGCUCAAAUGCAGUCCCAUGGGUAAGCCUGAGAAGUGUUUGGAGUGGGGAAACCCAGCCAGUGGGGAAACUGCAUCUCCUGGACUGCUUUUACCUGGGCGUAUUUUAUAAUCUAGGAACUGUGCAGGGUGGUUUUGUGAGCACGGACUCCUCUGAAGAUGCUUGUCCCAUAGAGCUUCAUUGGAGAGCAGUUAAUGGUGAACUGCGGUCUCUGUUCUGGAGAUGGAGCUGCUGCAGAAAUGACCUGCAUGGUUUGAAGCAAGCCCUGGUCUCGGGCUAUCACAGGCAACCUUAGCGUAUGCCUCGAGCCUCCCAUGCAAGACUCUGGCUGGGUGCCUGCACGUUGGGAUUGCCAGAAGCCUAGUAAAAGUAACUGGGUGCAUCUGUCUUACACCAACCAAGUGCCAACUCCCCUUGUGAGGGUGGGAAUAUCCCCUGCCGGGCUCACAGAGAUGGGAGAUGUAAGUGUACUAUGGGCUUGCACUUAACUCACUCGCCCUCUUGGUGUUGCUAGGAAAUAGUCCAAAAUAUUUUUACUACUAAUUGUUUGAAGUUGCCUGCUUUUUAGUAACCUCUGUGAUGACACAGCCAUUCAGGGAUGCUUUCUCAAAGGAAAAAUACUGUCUUUUGCAGGGAGGGGCAAUGCAACUUUCUCUACACAAAGCAAUGCAUUAUCGCGCAUGCAUGCAGCUGAUGUGCCUUACGAUCACUCGCGGUGAUCCGAAUAUUGGCCAUUGAUUUCCAAGUCCCUUGUUUAUCUCACUCCUUUGUGCUUUAAGGGCUCUUUCUUGCAGGGCACUUCCUCAAAGGGAAGAUUUUUUUUGUUUGUUUCCUGUUCGGUCACUCGGUCCUCUUAGCAUAAGACAAGGCUGUAACAGCUGUUUGAAUGUCUAAGCAGCUCAGUGGCUGGCUAGUGUUAAGUCUAGUGUUCUGGUUGAAUUACCAUGUGAGUUAAUAGAGUCUCCCCUGCUGGAGCUCCUGUUGCUUCUGGAAGCUGUUGUGCCACUCAUCAUGUGUCCUUGCAAAGCCGUUUGCUGCCAUGCACCUUGCCGCCGACAGGAAGAGAGCUCUAGGGAGAGAUAUGAAUCCUGCCCUCGUAGCUGCGACGCUACCCUGGUGGACGGUGGAGAAAUGAAGGUGGCGUUGCAGUGUGCGCUUUUGGGAUUGUGGCAGGGAGCAGUGAGCACGCAACUCCGCUGCAGUAACAAUUUGCCUAACCCGUGCGCUUGGAGUGGAGGGCUCUGUAAAGCCGUCCUUCAGGAGGAGGCUUCUCCCUGCGCUCUCUGGCAUAACACCUGGCAGUGUUUGCUGUGCCCAGUGGGUCCCUGUGGAGGAUUUAGAGAUGCAGCAGAUCGAACUGGGCAAGCUGCCUUGGCAGAAGGAACUGAGGCUCCUAGAAAGUAUCAAGGAAGCAAGCCCAAAGUUGGUUGAUUGUAGCUGUGCUGACCAGCCAAACAGCACCUGCUGCCUGCUCUGGUACCAUCAUGUCCUUUGCAGGAUCGCAGAGGGAGGCCUCCACCUGUCUGGCAAAGUGCAUGUGAAGUGCUUCCCAGGAGGGCACUGGCGUGAGCCUUGCACUUGGUGCCCUUUCUCCUUAAGGAUGGCGGUGAGCAUUGUACGUGGAGUGAGAGGGUGAGGUGGCCGAGGUCCCUGUUUGGACUUGGUUUCAGCAAACCAUAAGAUCUGGACAGUGUUUGCUCAUUCAGCUUGAGAGGACUCGGUGUGGCUGGGUGGGAUGCUGAAGCAGGCAUGCUGUGGCUAACUGGGGCAAGUCCCGUGCUUGGUAAUGGUUUUCCCCAAAGGAGCGAGCAAGCCAUCAAGCCUGCAGUGCUAAAGGGACCGCACAUAUUGUAAUGUGCUGCAGUUUCUUGUCUUGUAGUGGCGGGUAUUUCUGCCACGGAGGAAAAUGUGAGGCAACGGCCUUGUCACAUUUGAUUAGGGGUGGCUUGGCCUAGCCUCAUUUCAUGUGGAGUGAGUGGGUGGUAAGUUGAAAAGCUCUACAGGAAAAGAAAGUAGUCACCUCCCGUGUGUGGGGUGACAGGUCUGCUACUGCCCAGUGAGGUGUGUGGAGCUCGAACCUGCUUCCCAAGGAGCUAAGAGGUGCUAACUUGCUGUAAGCAAGAGGAGAGGUUGGUGCUGAGCUCCUGAUUAGGACACAGCAGGAGUUGUGCAUGUGCACAGACCAGGGCAGCGCACACGAUGCCUGCCCGCUGCCGACGCAAACUUCUCCCUUUUGUACGAGGGACCGAGGGGGAUGUCGGGAGCAACGCGGUCAACCUGACGCAGCAUGAGAAGUGCUACCUCCUUUGUCAAGCAGUGCACCACGCCAGCACCAGUCCCAUCUCGAAACACUGCUGCCUUGCGUGUGGGGAUACUGGCACAGAGCGGCUGGAAACAGGAAGGAGCUAACCAAGAUUUGGCAACGUGGAGUAUGCUGCGCUGUGGGUAGUAGUAAGUGUUCCUAAUGUAAUGAAGACACUAAAGAUGGUGUUUUUGCUGUAUACGUACGGACAUUUUAGUGGCUGUGACCACUGGUGCAUUUAAAAAAAUAAAUAAUAAGCC